GAGACUGGAAAAAAGGAUGGGGCUCAAAGCUCUCCUUUUUGGGCUACUGUGUGUUCUCUUUGCCUCUCAUAUUUAUGUACCUGUACCAGGCAACAUUGAAGAAUAUUGGAAAGUAAUGGCCUUGGAUGCAAUUGCUAAAACUUGUACAUUUGUGGCUCUGUGUUUUGAAAAUAUAGGUAUUAUGAGAUAUGAAGAGUUUAUGUCCAUGAUAUUCAGGCUGGAUUAUACCCAACCACUUUCAGAUGAAUACAUCUCUGUGACUGACACAGCAUUUAAUAAUAUCCCAGUACGCUUGUACUUGCCAAAGAGAAAGUCAGAAACCCCAAGAAGAGCUGUAAUCUACAUUCAUGGUGGUGCAUUUUGUUUUGGAAGCUCUAAGCAGAAGGCUUUUGACUUCCUGAACAGAUGGAUGGCAAACAAACUUGAUGCUGUUGUUGUGGGACUAGACUAUAGACUAGCUCCUCAGUACCGCUUUCCUGCUCAGUUUGAAGAUAGUAUCACUGCAAUCAAGUUUUUUCUUCAGGAUAAAAUUCUUGAAAAAUAUGGAGUGGAUCCUGCCCGAAUCUGUAUUUCAGGAGAUAGUUCUGGAACCAUAGCAGCAGCAGUGACUCAACAGGUGCAGAGUGAUCUUGAAAUAAAACAUAAAAUCAAGAUACAAGCUCUACUUUAUCACUUACAGUUAAUUGAUUCUUAUUUGCCAUCUUACCAAGAAAAUGAGCACGGUAUAGUUCUGACAAGGGACAUAGCCCUAAAAUUUGUGAGUUUAUAUUUAACAAAGGAUGAAGAAUUUCCCCAGGCAAUGAGAAGAAACCAACACAUGCCUCUGGAAUCAAGACAUCUGUUCAAGUAUGUUAACUGGAGUACUCUCUUACCCAAGAAGUAUAGAAAAGACCAUGUUUAUACUGAACCAAUUCUUGGAAGAUCUAGUUAUUCAUUGCCAGCACUUAUGGACAUCAGAGCAUCACCAUUGUUGGCUGAUGACUCCCAACUACAGAAUUUGCCGUUAACCUAUAUUCUUACCUGUGAAUAUGAUAUCCUGAGAGAUGAUGGGCUUAUAUAUGUUUCAAGACUUCAAAAUGUUGGCGUUCAAGUUGCUCAUGACCAUGUUGAGGAUGGAUUCCAUGCAGCCUUAUCAUUUAUGACAUCACCAUUCUAUUUAAAUCUAGGUCUCAGAAUAAGAGAUAUGUAUGUUAAUUGGCUGGAUAAGAAUUUAUAAAUAUACAUAAAAUAUGUAAUGGGUUAUAAUUUGUAAUAUUUUGUAGUUAUAAUGCAAACAAUAUCAUUUAUAUUAUCUAAAUCUAGAUUUGAAUCAUUUAUAACAUUCACUGUAUUCCUUGAAAUAGUUAUUAAUUUUUCUGAUUCAUAGAACCUGCAUAUGUAAAAUGUACAUAAUCCUCUAUUUUCUCUUUACUUACAGUUUAAGUAUGUUGAUUCUAAUAGGGACAAAUGCUUACUAAAGUAUAGAAAUUAUAAUGGUUACUGGAAAGUUAGAGAAGACUGUUUCCAGACAUGCCCAGAAAUUGCAGUAGUGGGAAGAUGAAAAAUAGGGGGGAAAUUGCAAGGUAAUUGUAUUCAUUUCCUAUAGCUAUUGUACUAAAUUGCUACAGAUUUGGUGGCUUAAAACAACAGAAAUUUAUUCUCUCAGAGUGCUAGGGGCCUGAGGUCCAAAAGCAGUAACGCUGGGCCAAAGUCCAGGUGCUUGAAAGAGCCAUGCUCCCUCUUAAUGCUCUAGCCGGACCUCAUUGACUCUUCCUGUGGCUGCCAAUGUUCCUCACUGUAAACAAUCACUUUAUUCUCCAAGGCCAGAAUCUUCCAAUCUCUCUCUGCUCCAUCUUCACAGGGUAUUCUCCUCUGUCUCCCUCUUAGAAAGAUAAUGUGUUUGCAUUUAGGGUCCACCACAAUAAUCCAGGAUAAUCUCUUUAUCUCAAGAUCCUUAAUUUAAUUACAUUUGCAGAUAUCCCAUUUCCCCCCCAUAUGAGGUAACAUUCAUAGGGAUUAGGGUUUAGGUAUUUUUUAGUGUCACGAGACAUGCUUCUACAAUAUUUUCUUAGCCUCUUUGCUGAAAACUCCAUCUUGUCCUGCUUUACU